CAUAGUAAUUUUAGCAUCAGCAGCAACGAAUUUAUUGUUUGAACUGAUGGAAUCCACUAGCAGAAAACUUUUGAAAAAUCCACGAUACGGUGCAAAUUUCAUAUCGGUGUUAUUUUUUGGAUGGACAAUCCCGAUUUUUAAAACCAGCUACAGUAAUGUAUUACAUCCAAGUGAUGCAUUUGAACCCCUUGAAGAAGACCUUUCUGAUAAAUUGGGAGAUCGACUAGAAAGAAAUUGGAAAUUUGAGCGAAUGAAAAAUGCACACCCAUCAUUAUUACGUGCUUUAUUUAAAACUUUUUGGAUUGACGUAUUUAUUUUGGGAAUUUUUUGUAUUUUUACUGAUGGCAUUUAUCGUAUAUCAAUGGCAUUCAUAUUAGAAAAACUUUUAUUAUACUUUCGCGAAAAUUCCGAUGUGUCUCGAGAUGACGCAUUUAUAUACGGUGCUGUACUUUUCGUAUUCACUAUUGUUUAUGGCAUUGCUUUGCUUCAUAACUUCUUUAAAGGUGCCUGUUGCAGUAUGAAACUUCGUAUAAGCCUCUCCAGUAUCAUUUAUCGAAAGAUACUUCGGCUAUCACAAAGAGCCUUGACCAACACUGCCUCUGCAAAACUUGUAAACCUAUUGUCAAACGAUGUUCAGCGAUGUAAUAGUGUUAGCCUCUUGCAUCCGCUGUGGAUAUCGCCUUUAGUAUCAAUUUUAGCUGCAUAUAUUUUAUGGGCGGAAAUCGGAUGGGCUGCCAUCAUUGGAAUGGUGAUCAUUUUCCUAUUUGCAUCCAUGCAAAGCUAUGCUGGUAAAUUGUUAACAAAGAUUCGAUUUGAAACUGCUUUGCGAACGGAUGAGCGUGUUCGAUUUAUGGAUGAAAUUGUAUGUGGUGUUCAAGUCAUCAAAAUGUUUGGAUGGGAGCGGCCAUUUGAAGGAUUGAUAGCAGCUGCUCGACGUCUUGAACUAAAAAUGAUUUUAAAAAGUCUCAAUAUUCAAGCAUUUCAAAUGGUAACGUACCUCUUUGCAAGUCGAGUUGUGCUUUUCUGUACAGUGCUAUCGUUUAUUUGGAUAUAUGACAAGGAGAAAAUGACAAUUCCAAAAAUGUUUGUCACUGCAUAUUUGCUUAAUUUAAUUUCGUUCACAAUGUGUGGAAUUUUUAUUCGGGCCAUAUCUGAGUUCAGUGAAGUAUACGUUUCAUUUAACCGUUUACAAAAUUUUCUUCAAUAUGAAGAAAAUGAUGAAUCUAAGAAUGAAUCACAAGACAUAAGUUCAGAUGAAUUGGCAUCCCGAAAUCUGGCUAUUUUGAUGAAAAAUGUUUCGGCCGAAUGGAAAUCGGCUAAAAAUCAAAGUACAUCAUUAAAAAUUGACAAAUACAAAAGUGACAUCGAAUUAAAUGCAAAUAAAUGCCAACCAUUUCAUUUGCAAGACGUUAAUCUAGAAGUGCCAAAAGGGAAAUUGGUAUUUAUCAUCGGAUCGGUUGGCAGUGGCAAAUCAACGCUUAUGCAAGUGUUAUUAAGGGAAUUACCACUUAUUCAAGGUGCAAUCGGAAUCAAUGGUACGAUGUCAUUUUCAAGCCAAGUUAAUUGGACGUUUACAUCGACCAUUCGUCAAAAUAUUACAUUUGGUCAGCCGAUGGAUCACGCGCGAUACGAUGAAGUUACAAAAUGUACGGAUCUAAACAAAGAUUUUAGUCAGUUCAGCGACGGUGACAUGAUGGUGAUUGGCGAAAAUGGAGCCGGUCUCUCGGGUGGUCAAAAAGCUAGAAUUAAUUUGGCUCGGGCAAUGUACCGAAAAGCGGAUAUAUACUUAAUCGACGAUCCACUGAGUGCUGUGGAUCCACAUGUGCAGUCACAUUUAUUCAACAAAAUUAUAGGUCGAAAUGGAUACUUAGCGAGACAAAGGGCUACACGAGUAUUGAUCACACAUCAAUUGCAUUUCAUGAAGGAAGCAGACUGGAUUGUUGUUUUGAAAGAUGGAAGGAUUCAAUCACAAGGAACAUAUCAUACGAUAAUGGAGACUGGAGUGGAAUUUUCCAGUCUAUGCAGCCAGAAUGAAAACGAUCAUAUUGCUGAUAACAAUCAAAAUGAAAAUUCAGCACAGCUUAAACGCAUAGAAUCAGUAUCACCACAAGAAAAACAGAAAGAAGAGGGUACAGCAUUACAGAAAGCAAAACCAAGUUGUAAAGAUGGAAAAAUGGCUUCCGAACUUGAAACGUUGCCUGAAAAGAAAAACGAAGGAUCUAUUUUUUUUCGUUAUUUAAAAUCGUCAAAUAUUCCAUGCGCUUCACUACUUCUAGGUGCAUUAUUUGUAAUCACUCAAAUUUUUGCUAGCUCAGCCGAUAUAUGGGUGUCAUUGUGGAUCCGAAACGAAGAGAGUCGAGCUCAUCAAUUGACUUUUAAAGAAGCUUCGGAUGAUGAUGGGAAAAAUGUAUGGUCUACCAAAACAUACAUAUAUAUCUAUAGUGGAAUUAUGAUCUCAUUGGUGUUGGCAGGUUUUAUUCGGUCAAUUUUCUUCUCUGUGGCUUGUACAAAAGCAUCACAGAGUUUACACGAUUCAAUGUUUCACGCACUAAUUUCGACAAAAAUGCAAUUUUUCAAUGAGAAUCCUGUGGGUCGCAUUAUGAACAAAUUUACAAAAGAUAUGGGCAGCGCCGAUGAAAUACUACCAAGAACUCUGUUGGAAGCAGCUCAUUGUAUUUGUAAUGUAGCUGGUUACAUAUUUGUUAUCAUUUUCACAGAUUUUAAGCUUUCCAUUGUCAUUCUUCUUUUGAUGGUGUCGUUUAUUUUGAUUCGAAGAGUUUAUUUGAAAUGUUCUACGAAUAUCAUGCGAUUGGAAGGAAUAACAAAAUCCCCUGUAUUCACGCACAUUUCGGCGACGUUGGAGGGGCUGUCAAUAGUAAGAGCAUUUGAAGCCGAAGAGAUUUUGCGUGAUGAAUUCGAAAGACAUCAAAACUUAAAUACUGGCGUCUGGCAUAUGUUUUUUGGUAUAUCGCACGCAUUUGGAUUAUCGUUGGAUAUGAUGGUAUACGUUUUUAUUGGAGUUAUCCUUUUUGUAUUCCUGGUUGUGAAUGAAGGAGUUACUGGCGACCGAGCGGGUUUGGCAUUAUCACAGGCUCUUUUUUUAUCGAACUUAUUACAGUAUGCAGUAAUAAAAAGUUCCGAGGUUACGAAUCAACUGACGUCUGUGGAGCGGGUAUUGGAAUACAGCAAAUUAGAGCCAGAAGCACAGCCAAAGCUGGUGAAAGAAGAAAUAUCACCAGAUUGGCCAUCACAAGGGAAGAUUGAAUUCAAAAAUGUUUCAUAUCGAUACUCGACCAAUGAUAAACCAGUUUUACGUGGAUUGUCAUUCUCUGUGAAACCCAAAGAGAAAGUCAGUGUCGUUGGCAGAACAGGAGCUGGAAAAUCAUCGUUGAUCAGUUCGAUUUUUCGAUUGGCGAUUAUCGAUGGCGAUAUAUUCAUAGAUGACAUCAACACAUCUUCGAUCGAUCUGAAUGUAUUGCGAUCAAGAAUAUCCAUUAUACCCCAAGAACCAACUCUUUUUUCAGGCACUUUGCGAAGGAAUUUGGAUCCAUUCGAUGAAUAUUCAGACGAUGACAUUUGGAAUACACUCGAAAAUGUAGAACUUAAAGAAUUCGUGUCGAAAAAUAAUGGAUUGGAAAUGGCGGUUCUGGCACAAGGAAAGAAUUUCAGUGUUGGACAACGACAAGUUCUUUGUUUGGCUCGUGCAAUCUUAAGAAAAAAUCGGAUAAUUAUUCUUGACGAAGCAACAGCAAAUGUUGACCUACGAAUGGACGAAGUGAUUCAAAAGACAAUACGAGAAAAAUGUGCCGACUCAACCGUUAUAACAGUAGCUCAUCGAAUGAAUACCGUUAUUGAUUCAGAUCGUGUAUUAGUUAUAGAUGCUGGUAUUGGGAUUGAGUUUGAUGCGCCGUACUUACUGAUGCAAAAUAAAUUGGGAGUAUUCCGAAAUAUGGUUGAAGCACUUGGA